AUGGCUGAAGAUGUCCACAAGAAGAAAGGCUGGGAAGUGCCCAACGGGUCCCUGGCACCAGGAGAUGGGCAGCACGCAGAGCGGUCUGAGAGCCCCACACCAGGGCUGGCACAGGGGACAGAGCCAGGGGCGGGCCAGGAGGGAGCCAUGUUCGUGCACACCCGCUCCUAUGAGGACCUGACGAGUCCUGAGGACGGGGUGGCUGUGGCACGGAGCCCGGAGGAGAGGCAGGGUGAGCCGGCGGAGCUGACCAGCAUGGAGCAGAUCAGCAAGGACUUCAGUGAGCUGAGCACACAGCUCACGGGCAUGGCCCUCGACUUGGAGGAAGAGAUGAGGCAGGGAAAGGAGGGGAAGCUGGAGGCCUCUCCACAGACCACCCGCCGCGACUCGGUGCUGUCGGGCAAGGAGGAGGAGGAUGUGACGAUGGACACCUGGCGCAUGCACCGGAAGCACGUCUUCGUACUCAGCGAGGCUGGCAAGCCUGUGUACUCCCGCUAUGGCUCUGAGGAGGCCCUCUCCAGCACCAUGGGUGUCAUGAUGGCCCUAGUGUCCUUCCUGGAGGCUGAGAAAAACGCCAUCCGGUCCAUCCAUGCAGAUGGCUACAAAGUUGUCUUUGUGCGGAGGAGCCCACUGGUGCUGGUGGCAGUGGCACGGACCCAGCAGUCAGAGCAGGAGAUUGCCCACGAGCUGCUCUACAUCUACUACCAGAUCCUGAGCCUGCUCACCUGGACCCAGCUCAACCACAUCUUCCAGCAGAAGCAGAACUAUGACUUGCGCAGGCUCCUGGCUGGCUCUGAGCGCAUCACUGACAACCUACUGGACCUCAUGGCCCAUGACCCCAGCUUCCUUAUGGGUGCCGUGCGCUGCCUACCCCUGGCCGCCAGCGUCCGGGAUGCCGUCAGCACAAGCCUCCAGCAGGCCAAGGCCAAAAGUCUGGUCUUUUCCAUUCUGCUGUCAGGGAACCAACUGGUGUCUCUUGUGAGGAAGAAAGAUCAGUUCCUCCACCCCAUUGACCUCCAUUUGCUCUUCAACCUCAUUAGCUCUUCUUCCUCCUUCCGGGAGGGUGAAGCCUGGACUCCCAUUUGCCUCCCCAAAUUCAACUCCAGUGGCUUCUUCCAUGCCCACAUCUCCUACCUGGAGCAGGAGAUGGACCUGUGCCUCCUGUUGGUCUCCACCGACCGCGAGGACUUCUUCACCGUCUCUGACUGCAAGCGGCGCUUCCAGGAGCGCCUGCGGCGACGAGGGGUACACCAUGCUCUGCAGGAGGCCCUGCGCACCCCCUUCUACAGUGUCGCCCAGGUGGGCAUCCCCGACCUCCGGCACUUCAUCUACAAGUCUAAGAGCUCUGGGCUCUUCACCAGCCCUGAGAUUGAGGCACCCUACGUGCAGGAGGAGGAGAAGGAGAGGCUCUUGGGGCUCUACCAGUACCUCCACAGCCGGGCUCACAACUCUUCACGACCCCUGAAGAACAUCUACUUCACAGGCCCCCAUGAGAACCUCCUGGCUUGGGUAACCAGCGCCUUUGAGCUCUACAUAUGCUACAGUCCCCUGGGGACCAAGGCUGGGGCCAUCAGUGCUGUCAACAAGCUCAUGAAGUGGAUCCGUAAGGAGGAAGACCGACUCUUCAUCCUCACACCCCAGACAUACUGACAUGCAUCACCCAGCACGUGGUGCCAGCUGAGAGAGCCCCUGCUGUGCGGGGGAGCCUGUCCCCUGGGGAAACCUGGGUCAUGCAUCCAGGGAGAGGGUACGGUGGGACCUCAAAGCAUGGGAAAACCCAUCCAUGGGACUGUCCAGCCUGAGUGAUAGAGGUGGGGUGCACAGCUGCCAGAGGAAAGCGUAAGCAGGAGUUUCAUCUGCAGGCAAUAUCCCCAGCUGGGGGGGCUGCCCUUCCUCUGUGGUCCUCAGCUCCAUCCCUUGUUAUGGGCAUCUUGGAGAGGGGCUACCAAUACCCCAGGUCACUGGUGGGAAAUUGAGGCCCUGGGCCCUGCUGCCUGUACCCAGCACUCUUUCACUGCCAUCCUGUGGCUAUGCCAAGGAUGGGGAUCCCCAAGGGAUACAUGGCAGUAUUCAGGCCACCACUGUGGACAGAAGGACGUCCAUGGGGACAUGUAGGCAGGGUGGCAGGUCAACCUGCCCCCAGCUGGGACAGCAGGAUCCUGCCCAUAGGGAACAGAGUUGCCCCAGAGAGACUUGGGCUACUGGGGUGCCCACUGGGGUGUUUGUGGGCUUAUGGAGCUGGCUCCUGGGCAUUAGGCCCUAAAGGGUUUAGCUCCUAGGAUACCCUGUUGGCAUGUGGCCCUGGUAUGCCCCCAGCCUAAGGAGGAUCUUCCUCUUGACACAGGGUCACCUGCCUCCCCCAACUCAGCCCCUCAGGCAGCUAUGCUGAGCUUGCUGUGUGAGGACCAUCCCCUCCCUAUCUGUCCCCAAGCACUGGUGGGGGCUGAGCACCUAUGAAUGCCAGGCAGGACCUGACCCUGCAUUUUGGGCCUGUCUGCUGAGCCCUUGGAGGGGGGUGUUCAAGGAGGGGCAGAGCAACGUUGGUGGCACCCAGACACUGAUGGAGCUGGGAGGGACCUGGCAGGGCUAGCACAGGGACUCAGCUCCUGAAUUUGUGCUCCUGCCAGAGUGUAACUGCUUGUUUUCGCUCAUAAACAUUA